GGGUCCUUCCUCGCUCACCCUGGUUCCUCUCGGAGCGCAGACGACAAAUGGCGGACUUUGAUACCUACGACGAUCGGGCCUACAGCAGCUUCGGCGGCGGCAGAGGGUCUCGCGGCAGUGCUGGUGGCCAUGGUUCCCGUAGCCAGAAGGAGCUGCCCACAGAGCCCCCCUACACAGCAUAUGUAGGAAAUCUACCUUUUAAUACGGUUCAGGGCGACAUAGAUGCUAUCUUUAAGGAUCUCAGCAUAAGGAGUGUACGGCUAGUCAGAGACAAAGACACAGACAAAUUUAAAGGAUUCUGCUAUGUAGAGUUUGAUGAGGUGGAUUCCCUUAAGGAAGCGUUGACAUACGACGGUGCACUGUUGGGUGAUCGGUCACUUCGUGUGGACAUUGCAGAAGGCAGAAAACAAGAUAAAGGUGGCUUUGGAUUCAGGAAAGGUGGACCAGAUGACAGAGGAAUGGGUGGCUCUCGAGAAUCUAGAGGUGGAUGGGAUUCCCGGGAUGACUUCAAUUCCGGUUUCAGGGAUGACUUCUUAGGAGGCAGGGGAGGGAGUCGCCCCGGUGACCGGCGGACAGGCCCUCCAAUGGGAAGUCGUUUUCGAGAUGGCCCUCCCCUUCGUGGAUCCAAUAUGGAUUUCAGAGAACCAACAGAAGAGGAAAGAGCACAGAGACCACGGCUUCAGCUUAAACCUCGAACAGUCGCAACACCCCUCAAUCAAGUAGCCAAUCCCAACUCUGCUAUCUUCGGGGGAGCCAGGCCCAGAGAGGAAGUCGUUCACAAAGAGCAAGAAUGAGAUUGCGGUUGGGAGGGAAUGGGGUGUGGGGAGAGUUAGAGCGAGACAACAGCCUGGUCAGCCCCCUGGACCGGCGGCCCUGCAGUUACCGUUCCUGCGCCUGACGUUUGUCGUCCUUUCUUACAGCGGAGACACAGAGCUUGUGAAUGCAUGUCAGCCGUUAACAAGUGGUUUUUAGUACAUUCUUGGCUUUGCUGUAUCUAUCUGGUGCCUGUUUUGUGCCUUUUUUUUUUUUUUUUUCCCUACCACCUCUUGCCCAUUUUUCCUUCUGUCCUUUUUUCUUCUUGCUCCUUUUUUUCCUCACAGCACAUGGCUUUCUGUAGAGGAGUUAGGCAGCCACAUGUGGGAGGAGCUCUUUGGGUUGAAGUGCUGCUUCAUCUGUCUCCUUUGCGUUCUCUCUCUUACUUUAGACACACUGGCCAGACUCCAGUCGUCCCCUUUGGUUUUCCUCACUGCUUCUCUUCUGACCUGCAUGUGGAGUUUUGUAUUGCUGUGGCUUCCAAGAAAAAAAGUUAGAAAAGAAGUCACUGACAAAUUGAAUGGCAUCUUGGUUUUGUUCAGAUCAACAUAGAGAAUUUGAGGCACCUUGUUUUCAAAACAAGAAAAAAAAUCUGUUGAUGCCUCGCAGAUUCCUGCCUGUCCGCAUUUCUAGGUGGUCCUAUCUCCACUGCCCCUCCCCAAAUGGAUUAUUGAAGCAGAAUAGACUCACGUUUCAAAAGGCGAAACCUGAAAGAAGAGUGUUGUGAGGUGCUGGUGGGCAUUCACGUGGAAGAUGGGUUGAUUGUGCUCAUGGGCUGAUGUUUUCUUUAUGGGAGCCCUUUCAGGACCACGGUCCAGGCUAGUGACUCUUACCCUGGGCGUGUUGGAGGGCUCCUUCCUCUGGCUAGAUGUAGCAGACUGCCUUCUUGUUCCGUUUCUGCUGGGAUGAGGCGCUGUGGGGAUCGGGGGGUGGUGGUAGAGCUGUGCCAGGCUGACUUUAAAAUGCUGACAUUGCUUUCCCAAAUCCACGUUGUCCGUGUAUUUUGCAUCUGUCCCUGUGUUUUUAAUCUCUUCCCCGGUAUAAGUAACGUAAUGAGAGAUGUACGUCCCACCAUCCCUUAAAUUUGUAGUAAAAAUGGGCGUAGAUUCUGGCACUUUACUCUAUUUCACUUGAUGAAUUGAAAAUUUUACUAUGCAGAACUAUCAAGAAUCUUAAAAUAGCUUCCAGGUAGCUAUAAAUAACUAGUCUUGCUCCUCGUCUUCGGGACAGAGUUCAUUAUUCCCAUGUAUAGUGUUCAGCACUUACCUGUGGGUAGGGGGUCAGGCAGUCAGUUUUGAGCUUGAAUACCUAUGUGUGAACAACAUAAACAUUCUUUAAGCCCCAAGUCCCAGCCUGUCCCAUUGGGAGCAGUUCAGGGUCAGCCAGCAGCUAGAGUCCUAGGGCAAGAGACCCUGGCCAGCAUAGUGGGGAGCUGAAUGGCAGCCUGGCCUGUGCAGUGUAGUGUGCUUAGGGUGGGGAGCUGAGUGGUAGCCUGGCCUGUGGGGUGGAGUGUGCUUAGGGUGGGGAGCUGAGCGGCAGCCUGGCCCGUGGGGUGGAGUGUGCUUAUGUGGCAGCAUACCGCUCACUUUCCAGCCUCGGCUUCUGCUGUGUCUUUGUUACAAGGUCUUGGCAGUUUACAGAACUCUCCUUCCUUGCCGUCCUCCUACCUGUCUUCUCUGCUUCUGAGAUAAGAACCAUUUGUGUAACACCAACACUUAAUUUAAGAAAGACAUGCAUUAUGUGGUUGUAGUCAAACCUGAUGCUUUCAGAUGACCUACUUACAUCUUCAAUGUGGAAAAGAUUAAGAACAAAACAAAUUCAUCUAAACUUUUGGGCAAUCCAGUUGACUUUUAAAUGUAAGAAUGGGAUUCCAAACACUUAACACAUUCAGCUAUAUGACAGAAAGUAAAUCUAUGGAUAUGGUAUUUUGUGAAUGAUCUUUUAAAUAAAAGAAAACCUUACAUAAUA